AUGGUCAGCCAACACGCGAUGGCCACCACGGUUCGCAAAGUCAAGCAGGAGAAUCGUCUGAGGCGACAAAAUCAGAACCAAGAUGAGGAGGGACUUUACAAGCCUGUGCCACCACCGAAACCGGUGCCGAACAAUCAGAAGAACCAGAACGGCCAACAGGAGAGCAGGGUGCAGACGGUAGCCGAGCAAUCGUCGCGGACGACUUCCGGCAUAGAGAGGAACGCCACGUUAGACGACAACCAGCUUCGAAGUUCCGGGCAGAACAUUGCACCGGAAUACAGGAUGCCACCGUUGUACGGGGAAGAACAGAGCUCGAGUCAGACUCAACAGGCAGCUAACCUGCAGACCCAUAGCAGCAAAUUUCCGAUUGAACGAGAGGUUGUUCUGUCGUCAGGAGACAAGAAUUCCAAGAUCCCUAUUCUUCACGAGUACAAACAAAGGACUGCCGGAAGAGUCGCCAUUGCACCGGAUGCACCGAUCAAACAACAAGCCUGGGUUCAAGAGGGAACCCAGAUGCAAGAAGUGAGACAAGAGGGUCAAGCGAGGAGUUAUCAGCCGCCUGAAUCUUACGCGUCGACGUCAGCUGCAUCAGCGCCAAGGACGACGAAGAUCGAUGAAGAGAAGAGCAAGUCCAUAUCGAGGACUUAUCACACGAUUAAGGAUAUGAUAUCGAGCCGUUUCGGUCAGAGCCGCAAGGACGCUGAACCGGAACCGGAGGCCAGCUUGAACAACGUCACGGAAGAGCUGAGGAAGUCCAGCAGGAGCAUCGAUGACGAGGAGGCCAAGAAGAAGGAGGGAAUUUAUGGGAAACCAAGAGCACAGGAACCACCAGUUAAUAUGCAGCAGUAUCCGAAAAAUGCUUGCGGUCAGUACGGGCACUCGUAUAGUUACCUGAGCAAUCAGCAGAACGUACCACUUCCUGGCCAACUACAGCCAACGUCGCAGAUUCAACCUAAUUUACCAGGUCAAAGUGCUCAGCUUCACGUGACGCAUCAUACUCCACCUGGAGGAGUUCAAACGGUCCAUCAAACUCAAGUUCCUGGUUUCGGGCAAUCAGCGACAGGUGGCCAGCAGGUGCAAAAUGUUGCGAGGGAAUACGUUGUUCAGGGACCAUCUGGAUUGCCGAGUCAGCAAUUGCAUCAAGGACUUCAUCAGAAUCCUCAGAACCAGGGCCAGGGCACGCCGAUGCAGAAGCCCCACGGUCUACCCAUGCAGCCCCACCAGGUAUCCAACACGAUGCAGCCGUCGAAUCAAAACUUCCAAAGUCCGCAACAACUGCUACACCAGAAUCAGAACCACCAUCAGAGCCCCAGAUUCGCUCAGCAACACGCGCAAAACAUGCACCAGCGUCAAUUGAUCCAGCAGAUGCAUCAGCAGCAACUGGCCGGGCAGCAGAAUAGCCAAACCGGCGUCAGGAACGUGCAGCAGGGCUAUUUCUCGAACAACGUGUCUUAUCAGCAGUACCAGCAGGCUCGCCAGGCCAUGUCAAGGUCUCAGAUCGAUCUGCCCAGCACUUCCAGACAGACUCAAGAGCUCAGGCUGUCCGGCCAGGAAGUGUACUACCAUUAUGCUCAAGGUCGACCUAGGUACGGUGUUCCGCAGGUUUAUAUGAAGACAGAGAGCAACCAGGAAGUGGAGUUCCAGCGACGAAACUCGACGAAGGGUAUCGAGAAGGCAGCGUCCCAGCCGCAGCUCUGCUACGAGGACGAGAGGGUGAACGAGCAAUCCAGGAAUCCUGUGGACGCGAUGAAAAGUCUCACGGUGGACCCAUUGGACAAGGAAAGGUACGAGAUCACCGUGGAGGACCGUGGUCAGGGCGAAUUCAGGAGAAGCGAUUCUCAAAGGAAGGACGAGUAUCGACCAGAGACCAGCUUCGGUAUUCGCAGAGACGACGCUGUUAGGUGCUCGAAAAGGGAACAGGAGCAAAUGGGUAUACCUGGUCAAGAGAAUCAGGAGUCUGAGGGGACUUCCGUGCAGAAGAGGAUCGAGGAGCUGCAGAAACGGGCCGAGGAGAAUCAUUAUAACCCGAAAGUGUCGAAGGAAGGUCUGGAGACGGACGUGACUAGAAGUUCGCCUGGCACGAAGAUUGGCAACGGCGAUGGGCCAAAGAGGAUGGAGAAUCAAUACACAAAGGACACCGUUGCGAAAUCGGAUGCAAGAAAGGACGAGCUGGAACACGGCAUCGGCCGAUUGAAGAUACAGAAUCAGGGAUCUGGAUCGGAUUACGACAAAGCUGGUCAGAGUUCCUCCAAUGUUGACUCGGGGAGGGGGUCUGCUGUUUAUUCCAGCGGAAGACGCCCACCACCGGAAGAUCAAACUCACCCUCCAGUGCAAGACUCGGAAUGGGUGGACAUAGUCGAAUCGGAACUGAGGAGCAUUUUAGAGCCGAGAGAUGUCCCAGCGAUGGCGCAUUCCACUCUAUCUGAAAGUGUAUCGUCGGUAACGCCUCCCCUGCCGCCGCUUUCACCCCAUGAAAGUCCCAGAACACCGAGAAAUCGAUAUUCGGCGAGCUUACCAUACGGAUCGAAACCUAAUUACAGCGAUUACAGCAAGGCCAUGGAGAAGAGAGGGUUCUCCGGCAGUUCGAAGCACCGUGGCGCCUCGACUUCCAAGAAAGAAGCUGCAAAGAAGUUCUCUCAUCUUUUCGGUGUAGAAGCGGCGGACUUAACCUCGACCACCACCGGACUCGAUCUAGACUCCAUGUUGGACAGAAGUGACUCCGAUUUGAGCACGAACGACGCGAGAACCAUUAGGAAGCAGCUGGAGGGCUUAGAAAAUAUGUACAGCGAG